UUUUUUUUUUUUCUCGGUCGAGGACAUGGUUUAAAAUGACUCGAUUGAAUUCUACUCAGUCUACUAUUAUUACUUUAUAUGAUGCUAUUACUGACUCACCUGUUUAUCGAGCCUCUACUCUUCAGUUUGAUAAACAGUUAGAGCUCUUCACUGUUUGGGUUAAGAAUCUAGCUAAAGAAACAAAGUCAUAUGCUGAAAAACUCAAGGAACUCAAUGAACUUACUCUCUCCUUGACUAGUAAACUUGACCUUACUAUGUACCAUUAUUUACUAGGUUCUGAAAUGACUUUUACUGCUGCCAGCAGUUUUACUGAUGCACUUAAAACGAACUUGAUUUUUAAGACAAAAAUGGUAAAGAAAACAAGGAAAACAGGAAUGGACAGUGGAAUGAAGUGGCGAAUUAUUAUUUUAACUCACUAAUUGUAAUCUAUUCUUUUCCUUAUAGGUAUCUGACCUCGAGGCUAAUCUCAUUCUUCCUAUACAACAAUUUGUUGAUACGCAUCUCCGCGAUUUCAAGGUACCGUUACGAAAAAAUAAAAAUAAAAAAAAAAAUAAAAAUAAAAAUAAAACUAACAUUCUCUAUAUAUAUACGGCUUCAAUUG